CCUCCACGACGAUCGUGUGGUUCAAGCACGACCUGAGGGUCAACGACCAUCCAGCCCUGCACGCGCUCUCUGCUGCUGCUGCUGAACUGACUGAAUCCGCACGACUAGCGUCAGCAACAACAAGCCAUGCGAUUCCGCUCUUCGUUCUUGAUCCGAAUCUCCUGUCAGCCCUCCCUGCCAGCCAGCUACCGCUGCUCCUCUCGGCCAUCACCUCCCUGCGCUCCUCCCUUCGUUCCCUCGACUCGGACCUCAUCAUUGCUCGAGGGGACUCCUCCACUGCAAUUGCAAAGCUAUGCAAGCAGAUUCCUUCUGUCCGCGCUGUAACAUCAGAAGAGGAGGUGGAAACCUGCUGGAAGUUUCCUCUGGAGCAAGUCCGGUCAUCUUUGCUAGCACCAGGGCAGGAGCAAGGGGAAGCGGAGGAGGAGAGGAGGGUCUCUCUGGAGACGUGGCGAGCUGUGUUGCACAACUGCCAGGACCCCCUGGCACUCGAGUUCACCACCUUCAAGCAGCAGAGGGGGCAGCCCUGCUCGCCUCUGCCUCCCCCCUCUGUGCUUCCCCCCCUCCCUGCUGGCAUCGACUCUGGAGCAUUGCCUUCACUAGAGGAGCUCUUUGCACUGGCAGGGAAAGCCAUGGACAAAACAAGCGUUCAAGAACCAACCCCACAAAUUCCACAAGUAGACGGAGAGGCAUCCGCGCUCUCUCUCCUAUCACAGUACCUCCAGGCCGAUUUGAAAGGGGGAAGGAGGGGAACAGGAGAAGCUGAGCUCGCAGGUGGUAACCCUGUAACCGCGAGUAAGCCACUAAGCGAAACAAUUGCCGAGCUGGAGGUGGUUCCCCGGGCGUCGUUCCACGCGCUCUUUGCUCCCGCGCUCUCCCUCGGGCUGCUCUCCCAUCGCUACGUGCACGCUGCUGCUCGUGGUCACGGUGGCAAGGGCUCGACAGCUCAAGCUGCGAUCGAUACUGUGGAGGCAAGAGAGGCCAGAGAGCUGGAGGUGGUUUCCCGGGCGUCGUUCCACGCGCUCUUUGCUCCCGCGCUCUCCCUCGGGCUGCUCUCUCAUCGCUACGUGCACGCUGUCGCUCGCCGUAGCAGUGGCGGUGGGAGGGGCUCGACUGCGGCAGCUGCAAUGGACACUGUGGAGGCUAGAGAGGUGCGUGUGUGUGUGGAUUGGUGUUGUGUGGCAUUGUAA